ACAUGGCGCAUCCCUCCUACAGGAUCCCUACAGGAAACAAAUAUUUUGAUUUCUAGUUUUUUAAGUAAACGCAUAGGGAGUUUUGAUUCUCUAGUAAUUUGUGAUAGUUAUAGAUCUACCUAUCUAGAAAGAGAAAAAAAAGAUAUUUAUAUAUGAAAAUAUACACAGAAGGACAUAACCCUAAUUCAAAAAUUUCGGAUUUAUAAAAUGCCUCGUUUACCACUUCAUCCUUCUUCGGGUACGGGGAUAGUGAGUAAAUAUAACAAAUCUAUUAGAUUUGCUCGAUAUGGUUGUGCAAACAGACCAUUCUAUCAUAUUGUUGUUAUGGAUACAAAAGCAGCGGAACAUAUGCCUCCUAUUGAACAAUUAGGUACUUAUGAUCCAAUUCCAAAUAAAUACAAUGAAAAAUUAGUUUCAUUUAAUUUUGAAAGAAUACAAUAUUGGCUUGGACAACGAGUAGCUGUUUCUAAACCAGUCGCUGAGUUAUUAGGCUUAGCAGGUUUUUUUCCCAUUCAUCCAAGAACUUAUAUGACAGCAUGGAGAAAUAGAAAAGCUAGAGAAAACUCUGAAGUAAAUAAAGAAGAAGAGAAACAAACAGUUGCUAAUUAGAU